AAGUAAACAUAGUAGCAUCGUUAGCUGUGUCGCAAGCUUGUUCUGAAUCGACUUUGUAUCGGACUCAUUUUACUUUGUAUUAUCUACAAAAGCGAAAAUGUCUGAAAGAAAAGUGUUGAAUAAAUACUACCCACCAGAUUUCGAUCCAUCCAAAAUCCCGAAACUUAAACUCCCAAAAGAUCGCCAGUAUGUGGUCAGAUUGAUGGCUCCAUUCAACAUGAGGUGUAAAACAUGUGGUGAGUACAUUUAUAAGGGGAAGAAGUUCAAUGCUCGCAAAGAGACUGUUCAGAAUGAGCACUACAUGGGACUGCCAAUAUUUCGCUUCUACAUCAAAUGUACUCGCUGUCUGGCUGAAAUCACAUUUAAGACUGACCCAGAGAACACAGACUAUGCCAUUGAGCACGGUGCAACGCGUAACUUCCAAGCAGAGAAACUACUUGAGGAGGAGGAGAAGAGAAUCCAGCAAGAGAGAGAAGAUGAGGAACUGAAUAAUCCCAUGAAGGUGUUGGAGAAUCGCACAAAGGAUUCCAAGAUGGAGAUGGAAGUUCUGGAGAACCUCCAGGAACUAAAGGAGCUCAACCAGAGACAGGCUCAGGUGGAUUUCGAGGGAAUGCUUGACCGAUACAGAGAGAUGGAAAGGAGGGAGAGGGAGAGGAUAAAGGAGGAAGAUGAGCGUGAAACAAAAGAACUGUUGGAUCGUGCUCUAGUGAAAAGACUGAGGGACUCUGACUCUGAUUCAGAAAAGGAAGAGGAGAGCAGCAGCAGCCAAACAAAUUCAUCCAGUGCAGCCAAACCCACAGACAUCCUCACCACGGACCAGCACACGGAAGCACAGGGAGCCUCAUCUGGGGGCGUUAAGAGGGCCAAGGUGGAGAGCUGGGAGAGGAGCGUUGGGACUCUGGGAAGCAGAGGGGCUCUCAGCUCCCUGGUGAUGCGAAAGAAACCAGCAGCGACCGUCAAUGAAUCUCCAGAGGAAACAUCUGCUUCUCCUCCGAUCUUACAACCAGGUUCAAAAACAUCCAUGGCCGACUCCUCAAAUGCAUCGAAAGCUACACAUAAUGGCUCGUCGUCUCUCAGCCUGCUGGGGGCGUAUUCAGACAGCGACAGCAACGACAGUGACUGACGCUCCGCUGCAGACUAAAGGAAACAGAAUGGGAUUGAAUUUUUUUGAACCGUUGCACAGAAACUGAAAUCUUUUGGUGUUUAAUUAGGAAAACCUUGGCAUGAGUUGUGUCCGCUGCAUUUAACCACUGAAGUACAGUUUAGCUAUUAAAGCUUAGUUUAGCAGCUCCACUGAUGAUUUGACUUUUUAUCAGUGAACAUUUACGUUAAAAAAGGGAGUUUCAGUGUCUCUGUUUUUUUCUUUAUUAGGACCUCAACUAAAAACAAUCUUCUAUUAAUUUGUGAUGCGAAAUCUAUUGGCUGAAUAUUUUAGUUUUUAUUCAAAUAUAAUUA